AUGGCCUCCUCUCAACCUCCGGUCGCGGGGUCCGAUGCCUCACUCCCCCUCAUCGACAUCAAGCCGCUACUCAAGAAACUCUGGCCCGUACCGGACGCCGGCCUCGCCGUCACGCCGGACGAGAUCGCCGAUGCCAUCUCCCACUUCUUCACCCACCAGGUCUCCGACGCCCAGGCCGCCUCCCUCCUCAUCGCCCUGCACUUCACCAACCUCGACCGCCGCGCCGAUGUCAUGGCCCGCUCCGCCCACGUCAUGCGCCUCGCCGCCGCCAAGGUAGACUUUGACGACCUCUCCCGCGUCGUCAAGGCCAAGAACCUCGCGGAGGGCAAGUACGCCGGCGGCCUCUGCGACAUCGUCGGCACCGGCGGCGACUCCCACAACACCUUCAACAUCAGCACCACGGCGAGCAUCCUCGCCUCCUCCCUGCUCCUCGUCGCCAAGCACGGCAACCGCGCGAGCACCUCCAAGUCCGGCUCCGCCGACCUCGUCAACAACAUGCAGCCCCGCCCGCCCGUGCUCAUGGCCGUGUCCCCGGCCACCAUCUCCCAGGUCUACUCCGCCACCAACUACGGCUUCCUCUUCGCCCCCGUCUUCCACCCGGGCAUGCGCUACGUCGCCCCCAUCCGCAAGGAGCUGCCCUGGAGGACAAUCUUCAACCUCUUGGGCCCCCUGGCGAAUCCCGUCGAGGACAUCCUCGAGGCUCGCGUCAUUGGCGUCGCGAGAAAGGAGCUCGGCCCCGUGUUCCUCGAGGCCCUGCGCAUCGGCGGCUCCAAGAAGGCCAUGAUCAUCUGCGGAGAGGAGGAGCUGGACGAGGUGAGCUGCGCGGGGCCGACGCUCGUCUGGAGGCUCAGCGAGAAGACGCCCGGGGGCGAGAUCGUGCAGGACCACUUCAGGGUGCAGCCGAGCGACUUCGGCCUGGACGCGCACCCGCUGAACACGGUCUCGCCCGGAAAGGAGCCCGCCGAGAACGCCGAGAUUCUCAGGAGAAUACUGAGCGGCGAGAUGGCCGACAACGACCCCAUCCUCGAGUUCGUGCUCAUGAACGCGGCGACUCUGUUCGUGGCCUCGGGCAUCUGCGAGGCCGACUCGAGCAACAUGGGCCCCGGCGACGACGGCAACAUCAUUACGGAGCGGGGACCCGGCGGAGGACGCUGGAAGGAGGGUGUGCGGAGAGCUCGCUGGGCCGUCAAGAGCGGCGAGGCCUGGAAGCAGUGGAAGGCGUUUGUCGACGUCACCAACGGAUUUUAA